AUGAGCACCAUGGGGUCCUGGUCUCCCGAUGACGACCAUCGCCCUGAAGAGCUGCAACGGCAGGCGUCGAAGUUUGGUUACACUCCGGCCGAGAUCAUCGACGCCUGUAACACCGCAAUGGUUCCAAUUCUCAGUAUCCAGGAAUUCGAGAAGGUCGUUCAAGAAGUUGGUGAUCAGGCCGGGUCCCCUCAGGAGUUUCUGCAACAAUUGAAACAGGAACGCAACAGCAAAUUAGCGAGUAUGCAACGAAAUUUCAGCAGCAUAUCUGACGAGUUGGCUGCGCAUUCGUCCUGUCUAUCUACAUGGUGUGCCUCCAUUCGGUUCUCUCGCAACCCUUCUAUUAAUACCUUAAUCGAGCUACUCUCCGCCCAGACGAACAGCACGCCCAGCAGAAACGAUGUGCCAAUCGAUAUACCUGAGCCCCGAAUCCCACAGAAGCGACCGACGAAGCGAGCGAGGAACCGAGGCGGUGGCAAUGAACGAACCACGAAGACUAGAGCGCAGGCGACCGACUCGAGGACAACCAAACGCUCAACAAGCAGAUACAAUCUCCGCCCGAGACGGAAGAAGAAUUCGCUUCGUUGA